AUGAGUCCUCAGGCACAGGAAUCUGGCGGCAAUGCCGCUGCCGCCUCCAAGACCAAGUCGUCGGAGUUUGAGGUCCUGUCUUCCAGCCUGCCCUUCGGCCAAUCCGUCCCUCUGGCCUCCAUCUCCGGCCCGACCUAUGUGACGGCGCAACUCCUUGUCCAGCAGAUCGCCUACAAGCUCUCCGACAAGAUUUACUCCUACUCCCCCGAGACUUUCGACCUCGACGUCGCCGCGAAGCAUUGGGCGACCAAGGAGGACAAGAACAUCCACGGCUAUACGCCUUCGGUCUUGCCGCUUCAGACUCGUACCGGUGCUGGUGCUCUCGCUCUCGGCUACAUCUUCUCCCCAGACUUCGACGUCUCCAAGAGGCACAUCCCGCAGACCCUGCUCGCCCCGUCCGGAAGCCUGCAGCAGCUUCGCGGCACUCUUGACCAGCUCUCUCUGCUGUACAACCUCUCCAGCCCGUUCGUCGCUCAUGUCGCGGCCGCCGACUACACGGCCAGCGAGGGCCUGGUUUCCAACUACGACUCCGCGCUGAGGCUGGCGGAAGAUCUUGGUCUCGGCCUGGUCGCCAGUUCCUCGGCUUAUGAGGCCCAGCACAUGUCCCUCUUCACGACCCUCCUUGCCGCUGUCGUCCCCACCCUUCACGUCUACGACGGUAUCCGCGUGGCGCGCGAGACUCUGCGCGUUGUCGAUGCUUUGAGCGAGACUGGCGUUGCGGACCUGUACGCGAAGCUUUCCUCUGAGGCUGGCAAGCUGAACCAGCGCCUGGACACCGCAGGCAAGACUGUCGAGCUCCUGAAGGUCUUCAACGAUGAGCUCGGUACUGUAUAUGAGCCCUUCGAGUACCACGGCCACGAGACUCCUGACGUCGUUCUGGUUGCUUUCGGCAGUGUUGAGACACAGGUCGCUAAGCAGACGCUCGACAAAAUCGCCCGAGACGGGGCCAAGGUGGGCGUCAUCAACGUUCGCGUCUACCGCCCCUUCAUCGAGGAGGCGUUCCUCAAGGCCAUCCCCGCCUCGGCACGCACCAUCGCCGUCCUGGGCCAGGUUCGCGAUGACGUCGCUGUCGCCGAUGAGGCCACGCAGUCCGCUCUCUACGGCGACGUCCUCACUGCCGUCACCUUCUGCGGCAUGUUCGACGAGGAGCCCGAGGUCCUGGACAUCAAGUACACGCCCUCCCAGGCUUUGACGCCACAGGGCCUGGUCAACACGUUGCACAAGAUCUUUGGCAACGAUGGCGAGGCGAAGGCGCUGCCGUCGCUCAUCAGUGCUCAGCAGUACACGUUCUGGGACGUGGACGACUCUGUCGCUCUCAACUCCCCGGCCGUUCUCGGCAGUGUCCUGUCUCGCGAGUCGACCAACAACGUCUAUGUGCACACUGCCUUUGACAACUUGACACAGGGUGGCGUCGUCCGAACCGAUGUCCGCUCGUCCAAGAAGGCCCUUGAGGCCCCUUACGAGGUUGCCAACGCUGACGUCGCCGUCGUCGGCGAUGAGAAGCUGCUGAAGGAGGUUGACGUCGUCAAGAGCGUUGCGGACCAGGGCAAGAUCAUUGUCAAGCUUCCCAACUUCAAGCAGGAGGACGUCGAGAAGAGAUUGCCCGCCCACUUCCGAAAGCAUGUUCAGGAGAGGGGUAUCGAGGUGUUUGUCCUGGACGUUGCUUACUCCCCGGCUUUCGAGAAGGACCCGCAGUCAUCAAAGCUGCUACUCGAACUGUCGUUCCUCAAGGUCGCGCAACCUGAGCUGUCUGAUGAGGACAUUGGCAAGCUUGUCCUGGUCGAGGGCCAUCCGCCCACCCUGGAGGAGUGCGUCGAUGCCACCAACCUGUGCCUCAGCAAGCUCGAAGUGCCUGCGGCAUGGGCCGAGGUCGCCGCCGACUACAACGAGCCUCAGCUGCGCGCCACCAUCCAAACCAACAGCUUCGUCUCGUUCCAGAAGGAGGAGGGCGAGGAGACUCUGGAGCUCCGUGACUGGCAGGCAGCUGCCCGUGGCAUUGUCUUCAAGGAGGCAUACGGUACCCGUUCCGACCUGCGCCCGGACCUUUCCGUCAACACGGCUACUAUCCGCGUCAAGGAGAACCGUCGCCUCACUCCUCACGACUACGACCGCAACAUUUUCCACAUCGAGUUCGACCUCGGCGACUCCGGCCUCACCUACAAGAUCGGGGAGGCGCUUGGCAUCCACGCCGAGAACGACGAGGAGCAGGUCAACGAGUUCAUCAAGUCGUACGGCCUCAACCCCGCCGAGAUCGUCCAGGUGCCCGCGCGCGAGGACCCGGCCGCCCUCGAGGUCCGCACCGUUCAUCAGGCCCUGCUGCAGAACAUCGACAUCCUCGGCAAGCCGCCAAAGAGGUUCUACGAGGCACUGGCCGAGUUCGCCACCGACGAGGUCGAGAAGAAGAAGCUCGAGGCUCUUGGCAGCUCUGCUGGCGCGGAGGAGCUGAAGCGCCGCACAGACGUCGACACGGACACCUACGUCGAUAUCCUGGAGGAGUUCCAAUCAGCGCGACCCAGCUUCCACGAUCUCAUCAAGAUCGUGAGCCCGCUCAAGCGCCGAGAAUACUCCAUCGCAUCGGCGCAGGCCGUGACGCCCACUUCGGUGGCGCUCAUGAUUGUCGUCGUCGACUGGGUCGAUCCCAAGGGCCGCACCCGCUACGGCCACGCAACGCGCUACCUCUCGCGCCUGCAGCCCGGCGCCGCCGUGACGGCGUCUGUCAAGCCCUCGGUCAUGAAGCUUCCCACCAAGGACACCGCGCCGCUCAUCAUGGCCGGUCUGGGCACCGGUCUGGCGCCGUUCCGCGCCUUCGUCCAGUACCGCGCCAUGCAGAAGGCCCAGGGCAAGGAGAUUGGCUCCAUCCUGCUGUACCUCGGCUCGCGCCACCAGCGCGAAGAGUAUCUCUACGGCGAGGAGUGGGAGGCGUACUUGGCGGCGGGCGUGGUCACGCUCAUCGGCAGCGCGUUCUCGCGCGACCAGCCGCAAAAGAUUUACAUUCAGGACAGGAUGCGUCAGACUCUCACAGACAUCGCCAAGGCGUACGUCCAGGAGGAGGGCAGCUUCUACCUCUGCGGCCCGACGUGGCCCGUGCCGGACGUGACAAAGGUGCUGGAGGAAGCCAUCGCGGAGGAGGCCAAGGCAAACGGAAAGAAGGUCGAUCCAAAGAAGGAGAUUGACAAGCUCAAGGAAGAGGGACGUUAUGUUCUCGAGGUGUACUAA